UUCGCCCGGCACUUCACGACGCUCCGGUCGCGCCCACGUUCGCGUUGCGCCUUAGUGGAGUUACUUACUGGUGAGGAGUGAAACCAAGCCAAGUUCCCUGGCAGGCCAUCGGUGUGACUUGUGUCGGCCCCUUGUUUGACGCAGCUGAAACCCUGACAUAACGUGAAUCAAUUGAGUGACAAACAAACUGCCCUGGAGGGACACUCCCGAGUGGAAUCCCAACUCGGUCGAACGACCUGUGACGGUUCCAGGAACCCCUGUGGUCCUGUGACACACCUGUGGUGCGUUGUCAGUUCGAGUAGUGAAUAAACUGGCGAUUGCUAUACCCGGUGCCGCCACAUUCGGCCGGUGUAGAGAGUGAAGGUGUCCACUUUCCAGUGCUGCGAUUCCAGUGACUUGAAGAGCGCACGUGACCUCAGGACAAUUCUGAGAAAGGUGUUGGAAGCUGGACCUGCUUCAACACUACCACCUCGCGUGGGUCAAACGUGACACGAGACGGGCACGCGUACCCCGGUCGUCGAAUGCACUAGUGACUCGAGCUCGACGGGACCGUGUGGCUCCAUUAGUGGCGCUAGAAAUUGUUGGAAAGAAACGGCCCGCCGCGGUAUCGGUGGACACUUGCCAAAAUGGAGCUACUCUCGACCGUACAUGGUGGCUGGCGGUACCUGAUGGAUGAGCUGUCGGAUCCACGGACGAGUGAUUGGCCGCUGAUGAGUUCCCCAUUUCCCACCGUCGCCAUCAGCCUGUCCUAUGCGUAUAUUGUUAAGAUCUUAGGUCCCAAAUUGAUGGAAAACAGGAAACCGUUCGAGCUGCGGAAGGUGCUCAUUGUGUACAACUUCGUACAAGUCCUCUUCAGUACGUGGCUGUUCUAUGAGGCGUGCGCUGCCGGAUGGCUCGCAGGUUACAGCCUACGCUGUCAACCGGUCGACUAUUCCCGGUCGCCGAUGGCCAUGAGGAUGGCUUCCGGGUGCUGGUGGUACUACUUCUCCAAGUUUACCGAGUUCUUCGACACCUUUUUCUUCGUGAUGCGAAAACGGUACGACCAGGUGUCAACGCUGCAUGUCAUUCACCACGGCAUUAUGCCCAUGUCGGUCUGGUGGGGUGUCAAAUUUAUGCCAGGUGGCCACAGCUCUUUCUUCGGUCUGUUAAAUACCUUCGUGCAUAUCAUCAUGUAUGCGUACUACAUGCUUGCGGCGAUGGGACCGAAAGUACAGAAGUAUCUGUGGUGGAAGAAGUACCUCACCGUGCUGCAGAUGGUCCAGUUCAUUCUGGUGAUGGCACACGCUUUCCAGCUGUUGAUUUGGAACGACUGCAACUAUCCGAGCGCCUUCGCAUACUACAUUGGUGCCCAUGCCUUCAUGUUCUACUUCCUUUUCGCUAACUUCUACAAACAGGCGUACGCAGUGCGGAAACAGGUCAAGAAGGAAAAGGAGGAACAGAUGGCUCUGACCAACGGCAACUUGGAAUCCGUCCCGAACAAGAACAUCAGCAACGGACAGGUCGCGGGCGUCAGCAACGGAAAGCCCGACUUCUACCAGACCAUCGACAAGACGGUUGAAGACAGCUACUCAUCCACGCGACAUCGCGCGUUCGUUGGCUUCGGUAGUAACUAGACAUCGGAGCAACAGUGCCUAACAGUGGAACCUCCCAGACGUAUGGCAACACUGCGGAUCGGCGUGAUCAUGGCAGGAAUGGACGAUACGCCCAUAACAGGUUGCUGACCGAUGUGAUUGUUGCCUGUUACUCUGCUCAACAUCACUCCGCCCUUCCGUCGCCUUCGUCUUCCAAACCCUCUUCUGGCCCAACGCCCAAACUUAUGCUGCCAAUGACCGCUUGUCGAUGUACUGAGAAUACGGAUAAUGAAUAGCAGGACUCGUGCUUCUUGCGGAAGGAAGUAGCGAACAAUUUGAGGCCUUUCAAAUGAUGGAACAACGCCGAUUGCUUUGUGUUCAUCAUCAUUUUAACACUUUUGCUGACCUUUUUGACCUUCAUCUGACAGAGGUUUCAUCGUUUCACUACCGAUAUUAGUUAGAUACUCCACGUGAAAAAGGGAAAUAUGGAAUACUAAGAUUUUUAUUAAGACUUUACAUUGGAAAAUAGAACGAUAGCUUAAACUAGUCGUAAGAGGUGUGAAAUUAAACGUACGAUGUCAUCGUAAGGAUAACGGCAACCACUUGAAAAGCGUUUGCACUCCAUUGGUGCAUUGUUCGGUGACUUACUUGCACCGCGACGGUGAAUAGAUAUUAAUAGAUUUCAUGUAAUGUUAUGCAUAACGGAUAAACAUUAGUUCGCCUGUCACUUUUAUAAAUAGUUGAAACCCAUCCACAAUCUCCGAUAAGCAUCUGCUUCGUACGCUACUGCAUCCGAUAUCAAAUUUAGUAGCGAUCCGGAAUCAACCAAGAGAAAACUGUCGUUAUUUUUAACAAUGCGAGGUGAGACAUGAGAGUAACGAAAUGAGUGUAGAAAAAGCGAAUGAAUGAUCAGAAGGCGUAGCUUAAAAUGCUGAUUUAUCAUAUCUUCAUUACAUGCGUUAAUUUGUAACAAUUUAAUAAGCAAUAAAUGUAAUAAUUUAAAUUUCAUAAUAAGAACUUUU